AUGGGUUUGGGAGAAGAGACCGCCUGCGAGGAAAAGAGACCGGGGGUAGUAGAGGCGGAGGAUGGAGCAGAUGGCGAGAAAAGACUAGAGGUAGUAGAGGCGGAGGAUGGAGCAGAUGGCGGGAAAAGACUGAAGGUAGAAGCGGCGGAAGAUGGAGCAGACGUCGAGAAAAGACUGGAGGUAGAAAAGGCUGAGGAUGCGGCCGAUGAGGAGCCAAAGGUUGAGAGGCCGAAGAGAGAUGGGGAGGAACCGGCGGAGGAAGAAGCGCCUAGGGAGAAACCAGUGGCGGAAGAUGAGGCGGCGCCAGCGGCGGUGGGAGCGAAGGAGAAGGGGGAGGCGGAGGAGAGGGAGAAAGAGGAGGAAGCGGAAGAGACUGAGGUAGCGCCAGCGUAUGGCUUCGUAAAGCAAGCGGCAGAUUCUCCACGGGCGUCGUACCACGACUACAUCAUCGUCGGCGGUGGGACAGCUGGCUGCCCCUUGGCCGCUACCCUCUCGAAGAGGUUCGACGUGCUAGUGCUGGAAAGAGGCGGAUCGCCUUACGGGAAUGCCAACAUUUCCAAACUCGCCUCUUUCAUCGAGAACCUCGCCUACCUCACCCCGACCUCGCCGGCACAGCGCUUCGUCUCCGAGGAUGGCGUCAUCAAUACACGAGCUCGCUGCCUCGGAGGCGGCACCUGCAUCAACGCUGGGUUCUACUCGCGCGCCAGCCGCCUGGAGGUGAAGGAUAUGGGAUUGAACCCGAAGCUGGCCGACCAGUCGUUCCAGUGGGUGGAGCGAGAGUUGGUUUUCUGGCCUCAGUUAACAGAGUGGACUUCGGCAUACAGGGCAGGGCUUCUGGAGGCCGGAGUCACCCCUGAUAACGGAUUCACCUACCAGCACUUGGACGGCACAAAGGUCGGGGGAACCACGUUCGACCCAACCGGCCAUCGCCACACCGCCGCCGAUCUGCUCAGGUACGCUGACCCCGCCAGGAUCACCGUGCUCUUGCGCGCCACGGCGCAGAUGAUCUUGUUCAGGAACGUUACCGGCCAGCAUAAGAACCCCCAGCAAGCGGCAGAUUCUCCACGGGCGUCGUACCACGACUACAUCAUCGUCGGCGGCGGGACAGCUGGCUGCCCCUUGGCCGCUACCCUCUCGAAGAGGUUCGACGUGCUAGUGCUGGAAAGAGGCGGAUCGCCUUACGGGAAUGCCAACAUUUCCAACCUCGCCUCUUUCAUCGAGAACCUCGCCUACCUCACCCCGACGUCACCCGCACAGCGCUUCGUCUCCGAGGACGGCGUCAUCAAUACACGAGCUCGUUGCCUCGGCGGCGGCACCUGCAUCAACGCCGGGUUCUACUCUCGCGCCAGCCGCCGAGAGUUGAUGGAUAUGCGAUUGAACCCGAAGCUGGCCCACCAGUCGUUCCAGUGGGUGGAGCGAGAGUUGGUUUUCUGGCCCCAGCUGACGGAGUGGACUUCGGCCUUCAGGGCAGGGCUUCUGGAGGCCGGAGUCACCGCUGAUAACGGAUUCACCUACCAGCACUUGGACGGCACAAAGGUCGGGGGAACCACGUUCGACCCAACCGGCCAUCGCCACACCGCCGCCGAUCUGCUCAGAUUAGCAAUUUGCAAACCUGAAUCAUCGCCUACUUGCACCGCGUACGGCGUGGUGUACAAGGACGAAGCCGACAACAUCCACGAGGCCCGCCUCAAGGGCUUCUCUGCAGGCGAAAUCAUACUGUCAGCCGGCGCUCUUGGUAGCCCGCAGUUACUCAUGUUAAGCGGCGUCGACCCCGCGGACCACCUCAAGUCCUUCGGCAUCGAGGUGGUCCUGGACCAGCCGAUGGUCGGCCAUGGCAUUGCCGACAACCCGAUGAACAUCUUCGACGUGCCUUCGCCUGAGGCACUGACUAUCACUUCGGCUCAAGCCGGCGGAAUCCGUCCGGGCUACUAUGUGGAGUCCCUCACGGGCUUCAACCUGGACGCAGCGCUUUUGGGAGGCAACUCCCCAACCGUCCCUUACUCUUUCCAAGGAGGCGUAUUAGUUGAGAAAUUGGCAAGGCCUCUCUCCCGAGGAUAUCUUCGUCUCAAGAAUCUCGACCCAGAGGACAAUCCAUCAGUAACCUACAACUACUUCACGGAGCCUGAGGAUCUUAGAACAUGCGUGGAGGCAUUGCAGACGGUCAUGAGAGUGAUCGAUACGCAAGCGCUGUCCGAAUUCAGAUACCCGAAUCAAACGGUGGAGUACUUGCAGGCUCUCACUGCAAGCUUAGUUGUCAAUAACAGAGCAAGAAGUCCUCUGGAUGCCACUUCGCUGGAUCAAUUCUGCAAGGACCUCGUGCUCACCUUUUGGCAUUUCCAUGGCGGGUGUGAAGUAGGGAAGGUGGUCGACCAUGAAUACAGAGUGAUCGGCGUGGGCGGGCUCAGGGUGAUUGAUGGAUCCACUUUUAGUUUCUCCCCAGGAACUAAUCCUCAAGCUACUCUUUUGAUGUUGGGCAGGUACAUGGGGAUUCUGAUAGGAUAUGAUGGUGUUGAACCAAGCUUAAGUGGCAGCUCUUUUUACUGAUAUUUCUAAGUAUCAUUAAAUAAAUGUAAUAUUACAGUAAAAAGUAAUUAUACUCCUCCUAAAUAUCGUCUGAUAUAAAA